AUCAUUAGUCGUCAGUUGUCGAUAGUCCACAGUGGAGGAACAGUGCCCAUUAUGACUGAGUUGGACACACAAGUUGAAUAAGUUGUGUACGAAAAAAGUAAUUUUAAACAAGUUGCGUGAAGAUGUCGUUCAUAGUGCCCCCUCCAAGGAUAGUGGACCGAGAGGUUGUGAAGCCGCUACUGUGUGGACCCGGCCCUUGCGACUACUGGCCUUCAGUGGCAGAAGCACUCAGCAAGCCUGUCCUCACUCCUAUCUGCGAUGAGUUCUUUAGCGUCCUAGAUGAAAUUCGAGCAGGCUUGCAGUAUGUGUUCCAAACUCGAAGCAAGCUGGUGUUAGCGAUGAGUGGGUCAGGUCACUCUGGCAUGGAGGCGGUGAUCAGCAACUUGGUGGGGCGUGGGGAAACCUUGCUCAUCGCUUCGAGAGGCAUCUGGGAUCAGCGAGCUAACAUUAUAGCUAACAGAUACGGCAUUAAAGUAGAGACUGUCAGCAUACCGAUGAACGUGACAUUCAGUGCUGAACAGCUAGAGCCUGAACUAAAGAGAUUGCGUCCCACCGCUAUGUUCAUCACCCAUGGCGACUCUUCAACUGGCACACUGCAGAACCUACAGGGUUUGGGGGAUCUUUGUCACAAAUAUGGAACCUUGCUGUUAGUGGAUACAGUGGUUUCACUGGGAGCAGUUCCAUUCUUUAUGGACGAAUGGGGUGUUGACGGAGUUUACAGUUCCACCCAGAAGGCGUUUAGUGGACCAGCAGGGAUCACUCCCGUAGCAUUCAGCGCCCGAGCCGAGGAAAAGAUAAAGACCAGAAAACAUGAUCCUCCAUUCUACUUCGACAUAAAGUUGUUAGCGUCACAGUGGAACUGCUACGGAAGCACAAGGACAUACCACCACACAAUGAGUCCUCCUCUAUUCUGGGCGCUGCGGUGUUGUCUCCAAGAGAUCGCUAAGGAGACGCUACCGGCCUCCUGGGCUCGCCACGAGGCCACUACGGCUCGUUUCCACAAGCGUCUGCGGGAGUACUCCUUCGAGUUCCUGGUGCCGAAGCCUGAAGACCGACUGGCUACCGUCACGACGGUGGUACUGCCUAAGGGAUAUGACUAUAUGGAGUUUGUCAAGACUAUGAGGGCGAGACACAACAUCCUGAUAUUCGCCGGUCUGGGCCCGACGGUCGGCAAGGCUCUGCGCAUCGGCCUCAUGGGAGUCAACUCCACCAUACAGGUUGCUGACGCUGUGGCCGAAGCCAUGGCGGACACUCUACGAGCGCUUAAGAAAUCUUCGCUUUAAAUUAUUAAUUUAAGUGACAUUUUAGUGACUACUACUACUCUACCCUACAUAUUUUUGAAGCACAGAUUUUUUUUUUAUCUGUUCCUUGUUUCAAAUAGCAACACGCUAAUUCUGAUAAAGAAAAUGAAUAAAUAAUAUACUCAUCA